CACAAAAGCAAAAUUCAAUAACAGUAGUUAAACACUUACUAUUUACAAUGUGUCCAAAACCUUAUCAUUUUGUGUAUAAUAUUAAUUAAUUAAUUAGCAAAUAUUUUUUGUUAAUGGGUAUUCAAAUUAGAUUAUGAUAAUAAUCAUAUGUUGUGUUUAAACAUUUCCAAGUGAUUAUAAUGUGCAACUCAGAAAACUUCAAGUGCUUACUGUUGUUUUCUGCUGUUUUUAUUAAUUUUGCCAACUCUUCAUAUAAGACUUGCCAAAGUGAAAAAUCGAAGACAUCCAAUGUAACUUGGAUAUAUCAGAAAAGAACAAACUACAUUACCUACUCUCAUCCUCCAUGUCUUGAUGUAAACAAUAAACUAAUUCUUAGAGAAUGUAAAAAUGGAACAUGGAUUCCAAAAAACCCAGCAAAAUGUCAUACGAUUAUAAGCGACAACAAAAACUGUCCAAAUUAUUUUAUAGAAACAGACGUUUGUACUAUAGUAACUAGACCUUUACAUUGGUAUGAAAGAUGUACAGAACUCUCAAAUAAAGUAAACUCCAAACAACUACAACCAAAACCUAAUGAAAAUUUAAUAUGGCUAUAUGCCAAAAGACGAGUGAAAUACGGGCCAUACGAAUAUAUGACCAUAGAUUCAAAGCAUGGGCAAAUACUAAGUCUAAAUUAUGCUAUACAUAACACAGAUGAUUUAUUCAAUAAAGAUUGUUUACUUUUACAUCCUAUUUUAAAUAAUUUGGUGCCGGAAUAUUGCCAUAAACUUCAUCCACAUAUUUGUAUAUUUAAGAAAAAUACAACAAAUGUUAUAUGUCCCAAAGGCUGUACAUCCGCCGGCAUUGGAUCUGGUAAAUGUUACUGUAAAAAAUAUAAUACCGAUUGUAAUAAUUAUGCCACCAUUGAAACUCCUUAUGAUAAACAUCUUUUAAGCCAUUUUGUGGACCAAGAAGUUUGUAAAAUCAAUAAUUCACAAAUUAUUUCGAGAAAUGUAUGGCAAACUUUGAAUGAAAAUACAAAUUGUUCUAUAUGUGUUACAGAUAUAAAGUAUAUUGUAAAUUCAAGUAGUGUUACCCCAAAAUUGGUACUUAAUUUUGCCGAAAAAAGAAAUAAAAUAUUUUUAGUAUUGUACUCUCCGGAAGCUAUUUUUAAAAUAUUAAACACCGAAGCAAUAUACUGCUACACUGAUGCAUCUGAAGAUUUUCUAAAAAAAACUUUAAAAAUAGAAAAAAUUAACAAGUCAAAAAAUAGGGAGACACUUGGUGUACAAGAAGAGUCUGUAAACUUGUAUAAGGUUGAAAUGGAAUUAUACAUGGGCAGAUAUUGGUGUGAAGCUCACAAACAAACAGAUUUUAACGAUAUUGUUUCUUCAAACUAUGUAAUUGCGUAUAAGAAUAAGAAAGGCAAUGAAUUUGCCUUAAGAUUAUAUAUUGACAAAGUAUGUCAACAAUUUGAUUGUGGAGAUUUUGUUAAUAUACAAUUUACAAAAUUUAUACCACCACAGUUGUACGAAAUUUUUAAGAAAUCUGAUCCUGUAAUAAGAGUUAUGGAAGUUUAUGACUUCAAUUUAAAUAUGGAAACAGUUGAUUUACUUUUGCAUGUAACAACAAAUAAAGAAAAUAAAAUAAUAGAGGAAUUUUAUAAAUACAAAAAUAGAUUACUAAGUGUCAAUUUAAAUAUAUCAUAUUUUAGGACUGUUGAAUAUUGUAUACCAACUAAAAAUCACUUGGAUGGAGUGUAUUUGUCAUGGCCCUUAACCAAAAUUCAUGAAAGUACUUUACCGAAUGAAAUUUGCAACUAUCAGGACCCACCCAAUAGAAUUUGCGAAGGACACUUUUUAACAGGGGCUGUUUGGUCCAACAUUUUUGGACAGUGGAAAUUAAAAGAAGAACCUUCAGAAAUAACCAAAAUGUUAUACAAUAUGACAACAAGUAAUAAUUCCAAUAAAAAUCUAAAAAAUAUAACAAAAGAGAUAAAAAAUAACAGUUUAAAUUCGAUGGAUGUUUACUAUGCCUUAAAAGUUUUGGAAAAUGUUGAUAAAAAUGAUAAUUUAAUCGAUGAUGUAACGAAUAGCGCAGUAGAAAUUGUUGAUGAAAUAAGUGAAGCUAAAACAGAAGUUGUAUUACAAACACAGCAAAUUUUUAAUAGCUCUGAUAAAUUGAUAGAUAAAAUUGAGAAUAUAUUAGUGAAAACUAAAUACAACCUAAGUUCAGCUUAUAUUUUUACUAGAAAAAAUAUAUUAAUAUUUAUGACUAAUCCAUUUUUAAGCAACUAUUCUGGGUUGUCAAUUUACACAAAUUAUUCCCAAGUAAUAAGAAAUCGGGGUGAAACUUUUAGUAAUAUUUUAAAUAAAGAAGAUUUGUUGUUGUCAGUAUACGUGCCGGAAACAAUUUUGGAAAAUAUUUAUAAUAACACAAAUGGUGAUGUAAUUAACGUUAGACUCCUUAUUAUUGUGUAUAAAAAUGAUAAAUUUUUUUCUGGUAAGGAUAAAAAACCCAAAAGCCCUAUUAUAAGUGUAAAUAUACCAAAUUUUGGUAGUUACCUGAUUAACUCUCUGCCUAUAUUGUUUCGGGAUAAAUCCAAUCAUGAGUAUCGCGAAUGUGGAUUUUGGGACUAUGGCAAAAGAGGUGAACAUCAUAAAGGACGAUGGUCUACAAUUGGAGGAAAUUUUUUGGGAAAACUCGUAGAUAAUGAAGAUAUUUAUAUUUGCACUUUUUCUCAUCUAACACAUUUCGCUUUAUUGAUUUUAGAAGAUUACACAGACUUAACUCAAGGCUUGAAUUAUUUUUAUCUUCGUCUGAUAACAAUAAUUGGACUAUUAUUAACUAUAAUAGGUUUAUUGGGCGUUUUACUAACAGCAAUGUUUUUUCAAAACUGGCGUGCUAGACCAGGUACUAAAAUAUUAAUAAAUCUAUCAACAGCUAUAACUUUCCAAGCUCUAAGUGUUCAAUUAAUGGAUAAAGAAUCUGUACACUCUUACAUGGGGUGUUUAACGACGGGAAUGCUUCUUCAUUACAUGGUUAUAAGCAAAUUUUUAUGGAUGUUAAUUUACGCUUAUUUACAAUAUUUAAGAUUCGUGAAGGUAUUAGGCCCAAUGCCUAAUAGACUUGUUCUUAAAUCGGUUCUGUUCGGCUGGGGACUUGGAUUAAUACCGGUUAUAUCGGUCACUAUUUUUGAUUCCAAUAUAUACAAAAACAACGAAGAAUUUAUUUGCUAUCCGAGGGGCCUAUCGUUGUACCUUGGUAUACUUUUACCAAUUACCGUAAUAGUACUUAUAAACUUGGUUAUAUUUGGGGUAGUUAUGUUUGAAGUUUGGAAUAGAAAAAUCGAAUCUCAAGGUAAAAGUGUAGACAGCAAUAAGUUGCAAAUAAAAUUAAGUAUAUUAUUGUUUAUUAUAUUUGGUAUACCAUGGGUUUUUGGCAUAAUUGCAGAAAUUGUUCAAUUUUACUGGAUAAAAAUGUUUUUUAUUUAUUUAUUUUGUGUGACUGCUACAAUUGAACAAUUUAUUUUAUUUAUAUUUUAUGUAGCUUUAAAUAAAGAGACACAGAAAAAGUGGAUUGUAAUCAUAAAGAAAAAUAAAUUAAAUAAUUUAUAA